AUGUCUAAUCAAAAGACAAGUUACAUGGAAGAAAUUCUUCUCGAGCCUUUCACUUAUCUUCUUGCGCAUCCAGGCAAAGAGAUCAGGAGCAAGUUGAUCGAGGCCUUUGAUUAUUGGUUGAAUGUACCAACGCAUCAACUUGGUAUCAUUGCUAAAGUGGUCGAAAUGCUACAUACCGCCAGUUUAUUAAUUGACGAUGUUGAGGAUGAUUCUACCUUGAGAAGAGGAGUUCCAGUUGCUCAUCAAAUUUAUGGAGUACCUGUAACCAUAAAUUGCGCCAACUAUGUAUACUUUCUGGCCCUGAACGAACUCUCUAAACUCAACAAUCCUGAUAUGUUUCAUAUAUAUACCGAGGAAUUACUUAACCUUCACAGAGGGCAAGGAUGCGAUUUGUAUUGGAGAGAUAGUGUGACAUGUCCUAGCGAAGAAGAAUACAUCGAGAUGGUGUCAAACAAGACUGGCGGCUUGUUAAGACUAGGAGUGAAGCUCAUGCAAGCUGCGUCUAAUUCAUCAAUAGACUAUGUUCCAUUGGUGAACAUUAUUGGGAUUCACUUUCAGAUAAGAGAUGAUUACAUGAAUCUCCAGUCACAGAAGUAUACGGACCACAAGGGAUUCUGUGAGGAUCUCACAGAGGGAAAAUUUUCCUUCCCAAUCAUACACUCGAUUAAUUACGACCCAAACAAUCGUCAACUCAUUAAUAUCCUCAAACAGCAUACAAAGUCCGUUGAGAUUAAACAGUAUGCAUUGAAAUUAAUGGAGAACACGGGAUCGUUUGAAUAUACUAAAAGACAUUUGGCAAAGACGGAAAAAAGUGCGCGAGAUGAAAUCGCACGAUUAGGAGGAAAUCCCAAACUUGACAAACUUUUGGAUUUACUAAAUGUUAAAGAAUAG